AUGAAGAACUUCGAACGUUUAUGGCGCAAAGCACCUCAAGCAGCAGUCAUCAAGAAUGUAUUGCAAAAUUCAGCAGAUGAAGAAAAAACGCUGCAACAUGCAUUCGUUGCAGUUGGUACGACAGCAACUCAGGAGGAUGCCUGUAGUUCGAGACAACGAUGGUGA